GGCUUCAAGGGUGCUUGCAUCACGAUUAAUGUCCAGCGUUAGAGGUGCUCAAAGAUCUUUCAUGAGAAGGUUUCACAAUGGACCUCCUCGAAAUCCUGAUGGUGAGAAUCCCUGGCCAUAUGUUCAACAGAAACUGUUCUUUGCAUCUGGAUUUGGUGUCUGCUCUUUAAUGCUUGCUAUGGCAUACGCGUCUGAUCUAUUUAAGCCCAAGUUUGGUGAAAUCGAUUGGGACAAGAUUAGAGCUGAGCGUAAUGCUCUAGUAGAUGAAGCAGCGGAACCUGAAGAUGGAGAUGAUGAAGAAGAGGAUGAAGAGGAUGAAGACGACGAAUAAUCUCAAAAUUCUUCAUUCGAAUUAUAGAUGCAUUUCAAAUUAGGAGUCGUUAGGCUUAUUGUGGUAUAAUUGUUAUAACACUAAAGACCAUCUUGUAUAUAAUAUUUAAAGUAAAUACUAUUAAAAGUUGCCAGUUUUAAUUGUAUUAUUCCUAACGUUGGAUUGAUACUGCCUGCUUUCAAUUUUCCUUUUCUUGAUCAGUUUUUGAAACAGUAAUUUAUUUAUUUCUUUGAUUGAGAACGUUCUUUGUUUGAAAUGUAUUGAUUUUGUGCCAACAUGGUCAACAUUAUCUCACCAAGUCUUUGCUAGUUCAAAGACAUACCAAACAAUUGAAAUGGAUAUUCCACAUCGUUCGUUAUCAUUAAAAAUAGGUUACGUAUACAGUUUAAUAAGUUUAUAAUAUCAUCUAGUGGCUAAAACGUUCCUUUUCGAAAAUGCAGAACCUCAGUAGCAAUGUUAUAAAUUUAAAUUUCCUGAUCAUGAAAUCAGUUCAGUGAUAGCUCCUAAAGUUAUAUCAAUGUUUACUGUUUAUGUUUUGUUUCUAUCAUGCAGUGGUCAUAGUUUUGUACUGAAAAACCAUCUGAA